AUGGCGGACAGACGGACCGCCGACCCUGCUGCUGCAGACGAGUCAGACAGCGCCAGCGACGACGGCAGCAUGACCGACGAUGGACCAGACACGGCGCUCAUCAGGACGCAGGCAGAGAGGGACAGGGAGAACGCUCGCAAGGAGCUCGUACGCCUGGUGGCCUUCGUCUCCAGCGUCCUCAACGCACUAUCAGCUGGAGGAAUAGCUGCAUUCUCGCUCUAUGGGCCGCUGCUGCUCACCCGCCUGCACUACACCCAGUUCAGGGUCAACGUCAUCGCCGUUACGGCGGAGAUGCUCACCUACCUGUCCGCGCCGUUGUUCGGAUACAUGUGCGACAGAGUCCGGCCCUCGCUCGUCUCGUUCAUCUCGGCCGUCCUCUUCGGCGCAGGAUACUUGCUCGCUGCCUUUACCUACCGCUCGGGGCCUCCAGCCAGCGCACUGGUCGAGCUGCCCGAGGAUGACGGGCUUGCCGCCAGGCCGCAUGGCUGGCCGUUCAGCGUCAUGGUCAUGGCCUAUGCCAUCAUCGGCGCAGCGACGGCGUGCAUGUACUUCUCUGCCGUCACCACCAGCGCAAAGAACUAUGCCUCCAGCAAGCACAAGGGCAUCAUGCUGGCAGCCCCCAUAGCCGCGUUCGGGCUCAGUGGCAUCUGGUACAGCUUCCUGGUCAAGUUCUUCGUCUACAAGGGUGCCGAUUCCACCGCUCACGAGGACGGGUCCGGUGUAGACCUUGUCCAUGGAGAUGUCGAUGUCUUCCGCUUCUUCGUCUUCCUUGCCAUCAUGACCUCUGUGGUCGGGAUUAUAGGCGGAUUCGCGCUGAACGUUGUUGACGAGGAGAAACUUAUUGAAGUCGGGGUUGAGGAGCUCGAGAGAAGCGGGCUGCUCGUCGAUACGGAUGGACAGUACGGGACCUUCCGUCCUGGCCACCACGACGAUACCAUCAACGACGCUCAAGUUGAUACCCAUGCAGACGACAAGCUGAAGAAGACGUGGCUGCUUAACCAGGAGACCAAGCUCUUCCUCCACGACAGAACCAUGUGGCUGCUCUCCAUCGGCUUCAUCCUCAUCUCCGGCCCAGGAGAGGCAUACAUGAACAACGUCGGUACGCUCACCAGCACUCUGUCUCCCCCGUCAGCACGGGACAGACCAGGCGUUCCCCCACCCGCAGGAGCACCGUCAACCCACGUAGCGUUAAUAGCACUCGCUUCUACCCUCGCCCGUCUCAUCACAGGCUCUCUAUCAGACUACUUCGCUCCUCGAUCAGCGUCAACUUCUCAGGCCCAUUUCCCACCACUCCCCAGUUCUCGAAAGACAUUCUCCCGCCUCUUCUUCCUCAUUCCCUGUGCCCUCCUAGUCUCACUAGGCUACUUAGUCCUCUCGUCUCCCAUCCCACUCUCCUUCCCUUCCCUCUUACACUUAUCAACCGCUUUCAUCGGCUUCGGAUACGGUGCUUGCUUCUCUCUGGUCCCCAUCGUCAUCUCUGUGGUCUGGGGUGUCGAAAACUUCGGCACCAACUGGGCUGUUGUUUCUAUGAUCCAGGCUCCUGGAGCUGGCAUAUCAGGAGCUAUCUACUCUGCUGAGUAUGAUUCCAAUGUCACUGACAAUGGACAGUGCUUUGGUUGGAAGUGCUAUGGUUUCUGGGCUGUGGGGAGCGUGCUUGGUGUCUUGGUUGCCGUAAGCAUGUGGAUGGUUGCUUGGAGAGGCUGGAAGAGACGUAGUAUCCCCGUUUGA